AUGGAAUGUCUAAAUAUUGCCAUGAAGGAUGCUUGCAAUAAAGAUCUAUUCCAUGGAAUUAACAUCCCGAAGAGUAAUACUAGCCUUUCUCACAUCUUCUACGUCGAUGAUGUGAUUUUUGUUGGUGAAUGGCCGAGAGGAAAUCUUAAAAACUUGGCUAUAAUUAUUCGUUGUUUCCAUGCUUCUUCCCAUUUAAAAGUAAAUUUCUCUAAGUCAAAGGUGUUUGGAAUUGGUGUAUCCGAUCGUGAACUGGCAUCUAGCGCUAGUAUACUUGGAUGUGACAUAGGAGCUUUUCCUUUCACCUACUUGGAGGUUCCGGUCGGAGCUAAUAUGAACCUCAUUAAAAAUUGGAACCCUAUUAUUGAUCAUAUUCAAACUAGGCUUUCUUCUUGGACAGAAAAUACUCUAUCUAUCGGCAGGCUUCUCACCCUUGUGAAGUCGGUAAUGGGAAGCUUUCCACUUUAUUUCUUUUCCAUAUUUAAAUCACCUAUUGGGGUGAUUGAAUCGUUGGAGAAAACACGAAGAGAAAACACGAAGGAGAUUCUUGUGGGGUGGAAAUGA